AUGUUCAGUUCCGGGACGUACCUGUUGGGUGAUCAUGGGAAAACGACGAUGGGAAUGGCAUUGGCAGAGAAAUGGCAGGCCCCUUUCCUCGACGCAGAUGACGUGCAUGCACCCGAAGCGCUGGAGAAACUACGACAGAGCAUUCCGUUGACCGAUGAAGAUCGAUGGCCAUGGCUGGAUCGUGUCCGAGUAGAAGCUGAGAAGCUGUGUGCACAAAGCCCGUCAAGUUCAGUAGUGGUGGCCUGUUCGGCGUUACGUCGUGUUUAUCGCGACAUCCUGCGCGCCUCGUCUGUCAUGCAGGUCCUCUUUGUGUAUAUGGACUUGGAUGCCACCGAACUACAACAGCGGCUGGAGCAUCGGGUCGGUCAUUUUAUGAAGGCGGACAUGUUAGCCUCUCAGCUUCAGACGUUGGAAGUGCCGGAUCCACGAGAAGAAACAGAUACGAUUGUGGUGCCUGUGAUGCCAGGGGCUUAUCCUUCGGUCAUCAUGGAAAAAAUAAUGGAGAUGUACGAUAAAAAAAAAUAG